GAGGAGGGGCUUCUCUGUGGCUGCAGUAGUUUGUUCUCCGGGUCGUCUUUGGAGUGGCCGAGCGGCGUCCGGGCGCUGGGGCGGCCAAGUGGCGCGGGAAGGGUGGGAGGUGCCGUGAGGGCGGCGAGGACAGCGGCGGCUUUAAGCCCCCCUGGAAACCCAGGCCCUUGUGGCCGUGGACUGGGCUGCCGGUAGCAGCGUCUCCUGGAAGGGCUCUGGCCCCGUGAGUCUCGGGGAUUCAGGGGCCGCCGACGUUGGUGCAGAUGCCGGGCGCACUGGGAGGCGGUCGGAAUGCCAAUGAGAUUCGGCGGAUACGCAGCUGUCACCGGCCACAGACGGCCCUGUCGCCACCUCCAGUGCCUGCACUCCAGUAGCCAAGCAACAUGGGAAAUCGCGCUCAGAACCCACUUUGUUGAUUGAGAAAUCAGGUCCCCUCGAGGGCCUUGUUGGCAGAGGUCUGGGGAAGUCAGGGCUGGCCGUGCGUAUGGGCAUCAGGCUGAGAGAGCCCUCUGCAGUCUUGUUUCCCCAGGCUGGGGUUGGGACCACUGAAACCCUGCCCCACUCUUAUAGAUCCCUUGCUUAGGCUUUGUCAGUGUUCUCACAGUUUACUGUGGCGUCUCCUUCAGGCGACAUUGAUCAAACCUCAUAGCUGUUUUUGGAAGGAAGAAAGAUGGAAAGCGGUGCAGUUCUGCUGGAAUCCAAAUCCUCCCCAUUUAACCUACUGCAUGAGAUGCAUGAGCUUCGCCUCCUGGGUCACCUGUGUGACGUGACAGUCAGCGUGGAGUAUCAGGGCGUCCGCAAAGACUUCAUGGCCCACAAGGCAGUGCUGGCUGCCACCAGCAAGUUUUUUAAGGAAGUGUUCCUUAAUGAGAAGAGUGUGGAUGGUACUAGGACUAAUGUCUACUUAAAUGAAGUGCAGGUUGCUGACUUUGCUUCAUUUCUUGAGUUUGUCUACACUGCAAAGGUACAGGUGGAAGAAGAUCGGGUGCAGCGAAUGCUGGAAAUGGCUGAAAAGCUGAAAUGUUUGGAUUUAUCAGAAACUUGUUUUCAAUUAAAGAAACAGAUGUUAGAGUCGGUACUUUUGGAGUUGCAAAAUUUCUCAGAGUCUCAGGAGGUGGAGGUGAGCAGUGGCUCCCAAGUUAGUGCUGUUCCUGCCCCCAGGGCAAGUGUGGCCACCGAUGGCCCUCACCCCAAUGGUCUCACGGAUUCCUUGGGCUACCCAGGAGAGAGAGCCAGCAAUGGCAUGUCUUCAGAUUUGCCACCGAAGAAGUCCAAGGACAAACUAGACAAGAAGAAAGAGGUAGUUAAGCCUCCCUACCCUAAAAUCAGGAGAGCUAGUGGAAGGCUGGCUGGGAGGAAGGUCUUUGUGGAGAUCCCUAAAAAGAAAUAUACGAGAAGACUCCGAGAGCAGCAGAAAAGUGCUGAGGGUGAUGUGGGGGACUACAGGUGUCCCCAGGACCAAAGCCUGGACAGGGUGGGCACGGAGCUGGAGCCGGUUUCCAAAAAUGAGGGUUGCCAGGCAGGUGCUGAGUUGGAGGAAGUGUCAAAGAAAGCAGGGCCGGAGGAGGAAGAGGAGGAGGAGGAGGAGGAGGAUGAAGAAGGGGAGAAGAAGAAGAGCAACUUUAAGUGCAGCAUUUGCGAGAAGGCAUUUCUGUAUGAGAAGAGCUUCCUGAAGCACAGCAAGCACCGCCACGGCGUCGCCACCGAGGUGGUGUACCGCUGCGACACCUGCGGCCAGACCUUCGCCAACCGCUGCAACCUGAAGAGCCACCAGCGCCACGUGCACAGCAGCGAGCGCCAUUUCCCAUGCGAGCUGUGCGGGAAGAAGUUCAAGCGCAAGAAGGACGUGAAGCGGCACGUGCUGCAGGUGCACGAGGGCGGCGGCGAGCGGCACCGCUGCGGCCAGUGUGGCAAGGGCCUGAGUUCCAAGACAGCGCUGCGGCUGCAUGAGCGCACACACACGGGAGACCGGCCCUACGGCUGCACCGAGUGCGGCGCCAGGUUCUCGCAGCCGUCCGCGCUCAAGACGCACAUGAGAAUUCAUACAGGGGAAAAACCUUUUGUCUGUGAUGAAUGUGGUGCAAGAUUCACUCAGAACCACAUGCUGAUUUAUCAUAAAAGGUGUCACACAGGUGAAAGACCUUUUAUGUGUGAAACAUGUGGCAAGAGUUUUGCUUCUAAGGAGUACUUAAAACACCACAAUAGAAUCCAUACUGGAUCCAAACCCUUUAAAUGUGAAGUAUGUUUCAGGACUUUUGCCCAGCGGAAUUCACUCUAUCAGCAUAUUAAAGUCCACACAGGGGAGCGUCCCUACUGCUGUGACCAGUGCGGCAAGCAGUUCACCCAGCUCAACGCCCUCCAGCGCCACCGCCGCAUCCACACAGGGGAGAGGCCAUUCAUGUGCAAUGCGUGCGGACGGACAUUCACCGACAAGUCCACUCUUCGGCGGCACACCUCGAUACACGAUAAGAAUACUCCAUGGAAGUCUUUCCUUGUCAUUGUAGAUGGCUCGCCCAAGAACGAUGACGGACACAAGACUGAACAGCCUGACGAAGAGUAUGUGUCAUCCAAGCUUUCGGAUAAAUUGCUGUCUUUUGCAGAAAAUGGCCAUUUCCACAACCUGGCUGCAGUCCAAGGCACUGUACCUACCAUGCAGAACAGUUCUGCAGACACAGCCUGCAAGUCAGAUGACUCCGUGGUGUCCCAGGACACCCUGCUGGCCACCACCAUCAGCGAGCUUAGCGAGCUGACCCCACAGACAGACUCGAUGCCCACACAGCUUCACUCUUUGAGCAACAUGGACUAAGAGCUUCAAGCAGUUCCCAUCCUGUUAGUCUGCGUGUAUGGUAGCUGAACUCAAGAUGAUGUGGGGCUAAGAAAAAUAAUUGUCCAUGUGCAAAGAUGUGGGCAAGAAUGGCCUCUGCAGAUUUUCCUGAACUUCUGCUAACUUGCACGGCUUUAUCACAGCAUUUUUAAAGCUUUCCCUCAAAAGUCCUGAUCUGCAUGAUCUCAGCUACUUUAUUGAUAAACAAGGCAGUGAACAUAACCUCACUUAAUUCUGGUGUAGGGUGUAUGUGUUAAUCGUUCUAAUUCUUGAUUAUCUAGUUUAGAUAACUGCUGGUCUUAAUUGCAGAGUACAGAGCACUGAACCAGCUCUUGAUAUUGUCGUUAGCAGUCUUCCUGGCUUCUCACCCUGCCUUAUAUUUCCAUGUGGGUUUACUUCUCUCAUAACUACUUUCAAGGUAUUUUUCUUCCAAGCUGAAAUAAAACUGGGGCCACAUAUUUUCAGCCAUUUCUUCCCUGUUGAAUUGAAGCAAAUCAGAUUUUCUGUGGGGACCCUCAAAUGCAACUGAAGAAAUCGAUGGUUGCGUUCAUUCCUCCCCACCCCCCAUUUGUAGGCAGUAAACAAGGUAUGACAGAUUGAACACCUGCAAAACUGCUAGCGUAAUCUCAGCACAUAUGCAGCUAGGAAGUUUGUCAUCAAAUCAACUUAGAAAUGAGAUGAGGCUGUUCAGUUUCAGUCUUAAAAAAAAUCAGAUUAGGUAAAAGCUGUCCUACCAAAGAGUCUAGCAAAACAAUAUAGUAUUUUUCUGCAGAGGCGUGAAAAAUUAAGACGCUUUAGAGUACUUGAAAGUUGUGUAGUCAUUUUAUUUGCAAAAUGAGGUGACUAUGGCAAAUUAUAGAACACAGAGUAUUAUUAUUUUUGCCAGGUUUUUCUGACUUCUGUAAUUUCCAGAAACCCAGACUUCUCAUUUCCACACCUAGAGAUGGAAACAGGCAAGUAACUGACAUGUCUAUUUCCUUGGGAGCAUGUGAGGACAUAGCAGUAGGGACCAAAAGUCUCAGCACACUUACCUCCGAUUAUGCCUUAAAGAGUUGAUUGUGAAGACCCAGUAACUUUGUCUCAAAUGCUUCUUUGGCUGUUUCAUGCAGGACUUAAUUAUUGCUUUAAAAAAUUCACAAUGAAAAGACGAUUCUGCUGUAUUUGUUAAACGUUGACAUUUGGUUCUAGGGCCUUGAGUAUGUGCCACGUGCUUGUGAAAUGCUUUGAUUCACAUGUAACAUUUAAACAUUAAUUUAAAAAGGGAACCUUGGAGAAUUCUGUUGUUCACUAGUUCCUUUUUUCUCUACAUUUUUAAUUUAUUAAACUUGCUGUGAAAACAUUUUGAUUUUCUAAGAGGAAGGUACUUUGUCCUUAAGUUCCAGGAUGAAGAUGUAGCUGCACUAUGCCAGAAAUUAAUGAGGGAAGACUUUCUUCCUAAGUGCUUACGUUUUAACUUAUGUUAGUGAAACCACUACAAGGUGUUUCAGGCGCUGAUAACAUGUUUCACACCUGCCCUUGGAGGUCACAGGACUAAUUUACUUCAAAUUUAGUUAUGACAAUGUCACUGUAUCCUAGUUAUGUUUACAGAACAAAUAAAUAAUGACUGUCACACAUCCAGAGGAGACCGAACCUGCCCAGCUGAUGUACUGUUUUAUGGAAUAAAGUCACUUGAUCAGAA